CCGAGAAUUAGAACGAACACGGAAGUAAAUGAAACAGUAACGUCGCCAUUAAGUUGUUGAAUUAAAAAGAUUCUACAGUUCAGUAGGGGAAGUAAUAUGUAAUUUCUAUACAACUAAACAAUAAAGACGAAAAAUGGCGGGAUAUAGGAAUCCAGGAUACCUGCCACACCACCAUGCCAUUUUAACGGAAAACAGCAAAUUGCUACGAACAAUACUUGCGGACGGAAUUAAAAACGUGGCACACAAAUUAAAUGAACGUUUUGUUUUGAGUGAUCAUCAGUUGAACAUCAUAUUAAAAACAGUCCCUCAUCAACCAGAUGAUGGUGUAUUCGAAUUAAUAAAAAUACUAAAAGGCAGCUCGGCGGUACAUUUUGACAGAUUUAUCGAAUGUUUGAAGGACCUCGGGUAUUUAGGAUUGGUUCAGAAGCUUACAGAAAGACAUUCAACUAGUGUUAAUACAAUCCCCCAAAUAGAAACACGACCAUCUCCUAGUACCAGUAGCAGUACAGAUACAGGAUCAGCUUUAGUUUCACAAAAAGAAACUUUACAUGAUAAUACUAGUACAGAAAUCCGGGUAUCCAUUAUAGGAAAGACAGGGGUUGGUAAGAGCGCACUAGGGAAUGCGCUGUUACAACACAAUAUCUUUAAAUCACAACAACAGACUUCCUCUGUAACAUCAGAAUGUGGUUCAGGACAACGACAUCUUCAAUUAAAUGGUGUAGAUACCUUACUAAAAGUUGUGGAUACACCAGGUUUGUUUGACACGGGUAACAGUAACAAAACAAUAGCCAGGGAAAUCGUUAAAUGUAUUAAUAUUUUAUCACCAGGGCCCCAUUUAUUUAUUAUGGUAUUCAGAAUUGACUCAAGGCUCUCACAAGAGGACAUAAAAGUUCUUGAAUACUUUAAAAAUACCUUUGGUGAAAUGAUUGAUAAAUUUGCCGUUGUGGUGUUUACUGGGAAAGAUCUACUGGUUGAUCGAAGUGAAGAUGGUGCUAUAGACGAAUUUCAUACUCAUUUGUCAACAUUUAGUGAUGUUUUUAAACACUGCCCAUCCGCAACGAUCAAUAACGGAAGGAAAGAUAAAACAGAAGGAAAGACGAAGGAUGUUGAUAGAAUCUUACAAUUACUUCAGACAACUAUACAGAAAAAUGGUGGGGCAUUUUAUAAAAACGAAAUGUACGAAGAGGCGAAGAAGUUGUUUGAAGACCAAGAAGUAGUCAAUCAAAACAGAUUGGCCGAAAUAGCUAAACUGACGAAGCAAAUUGAACAAUUGAAACAACGGGAAGAGGAACAAAAACAACGCGAAGAACAACAAAAACAACGAGAAGAGGAACACAAACAACGGGAAAACAAUUUGAGAAAUUGGGAGCUAGCACUGAAACACAAAGAAGAUGAACUUUCUUACACAGAACAAGCCACCACAUCAGCAUAUCAAUACGUUGAAUACCAAGAGAGUCCACCUCGUGCCAAGAGGAGAAAGUUUAUAUCUAGAAGAGAGGCGAGGAUGAUGUCACCUGAAGAUAACAAUACUGUAAUACUGCACCAUACAGAUCAGAGAUAUGGAGAAAUGUCUGGUUCGUCCCAAGGGAAUCAGUUCAUGAUUAGAGAAAUGGCGGAUAGACGUCACUAUGAUGUAUCACAUUCAGGAGUCGGCAACAGAUCAGAGAUACACGAGGAAUAUGGUGACCUGCCACACCACAGGGUCAUUUUAACGGCAAACAGCGAAUUACUACGAACUACACUUGCGGACGAGAUUGAAACUGUGGCACGCAAAUUACAUGAACGUUUUGUUGUUCAUGAUUAUCAAUUGACCAGCAUAUUAAACGCAGUCGCUAAACAACCAAAGGAUGGUGUAUCCGAAUUAAUAAGAAUACUAAAAGGCAACCCGAAACAUUUUGAUGCAUUUAUCCAAUGUUUGAUAGACCUGGAAUAUAAAGGAUUGGCUGAGAAGCUCACAGGACGAUCUAACAUGUCUGGUAAGACAAAUAAUGGUAAAAGGAAAUCUUCAGAAAGUCAUUCCACUAGUAAGAAUUCAAUUUUCCAAGUAGAAACACGACCAACCCCUAGUACCAGUAGUAGUACAGAUACUGGAUCAGCUUUAGUUUCACAAACAGAAACUUUACAUGGUAAUAUCAGAACAGGUGACCUGCCACACCACAGGGUCAUUUUAACGGCAAACAGCGAAUUACUACGAACUACACUUGCGGACGAGAUUGAAACUGUGGCACGCAAAUUACAUGAACGUUUUGUUGUUCAUGAUUAUCAAUUGACCAGCAUAUUAAACGCAGUCGCUAAACAACCAAAGGAUGGUGUAUCCGAAUUAAUAAGAAUACUAAAAGGCAACCCGAAACAUUUUGAUGCAUUUAUCCAAUGUUUGAUAGACCUGGAAUAUAAAGGAUUGGCUGAGAAGCUCACAGGACGAUCUAACAUGUCUGGUAAGACAAAUAAUGGUAAAAGGAAAUCUUCAGAAAGUCAUUCCACUAGUAAGAAUUCAAUUUUCCAAGUAGAAACACGACCAACCCCUAGUACCAGUAGUAGUACAGAUACUGGAUCAGCUUUAGUUUCACAAACAGAAACUUUACAUGGUAAUAUCAGAACAGAUAUUACAACUUUAUUGACACCAGGUCACCAUUCACCAAAGCUAGAGUAUUGUCUACAAUCCACUUCUCAACAUCAGGAUCUAGAGUCUGGUCAACCAUCAACAUCAUCGAGUCUAGAUUCUAGUCAUAUUAAUCAACGUAAAGAUGAUACAACACCAGUUAAAACAUCACCUGUUUACAAUGAUGAUAAAGUUGCAACUAAUGAUGUACUUGUAGGAGAACUCAAAGAAGAUAAGUCUGUUUCAGAAUAUAGUGAAAAAGGGGGGACAAAUUUGAUCCAGAACAGUGGAGGAAACCUGUAUAGAUGUGAUAUUUGUAGUAAAUCAUUCACCACCAGUAGUAGUCUACAGAAACAUAUCAGAAUUCACACUAGUGAGAAACCUUAUAGAUGUGGUGUUUGUAGUAAAUCAUUCACCACCAGUGGUAGUCUACAGAAACAUAUCAGAAUUCACACUAGUGAGAAACGUUAUAAAUGUAAUGUUUGUAGUAAAUCAUUCACCACCAUUAGUAGUCUACAGAAACAUAUCAGAAUUCACACUAGUGAGAAACCUUAUAAAUGUAAUGUUUGUUGGAAAUCAUUUUCUACGAGUAGUACUCUACAGACACACAUUAGAAUUCAUACUGGUGAAAAACCCUAUAGAUGUGAUGUUUGUAGUAAGUCAUUCACCACCAUUAGUAGUCUACAGAGACACAAGAGAAUUCGUACAAGAGAUAAACCAUAUAAAUGUGAUGUUUGUUGUAAAUUAGUUAGAUUGAAAAGUUAUCUAAAAGUGCACAUGCGAACUCAUACUAAAGAAAAACACUACAACUGUAGUGUUUGUAGUAAAUCAUUCACCACCAUUAGUAGUCUACAGAAACAUAGCAGAAUUCACACUAGUGACAAACCUUAUAAAUGUGAUGUUUGUAGUAAAUCAUUUUCUACGAGUAGUAGUCUACAGACACACAUAAGAAUUCAUACUGGUGAAAAACCCUAUAAAUGUAAUGUUUGUAGUAAGUCAUUCACCACCAUUAGUAGUCUACAGAGACACAAGAGAAUUCGUACAAGAGAUAAACCAUAUAAAUGUGAUGUUUGUUGUAAAUUAUUUAGAUUGAAACGUUAUCUAAAAGUGCACAUGCGAACUCAUACUAAACUGUAGUGUUUGUAGUAAAUCGUUCAGUAAAAACAGUGCCCUAUUAAAACAUAUUAAGAGUCAUACAGUAGAAAAACUAGUGUGAUGUUUGUGGUAAGUCAUUUACACGGCAUGGAACCCCAACAGACAUCUAGUGUGAUGUUUGUAGUAAGUCAUUCACCCAGUCUGGAACCCAAGUGUGAUGUUUGUAGUAAGCCAUUCACCCAGUUUAGAACCCUAGUGUGAUGUUUGUAGUAAGUCAUUCACCCAGUCUGGAACCCAAGUGUGAUGUUUGUAGUAAGCCAUUCACCCAGUUUAGAACCCUAGUGUGAUGUUUGUAGUAAGUCAUUCACCCAGUUUAGAACCCAAGUAUGAUGUUUGCAGUAAGUCAUUCACUCAGUUUAGAACCCAAGUGUGAUGUUUGUAGUAAGCCAUUCACCCAGUUUAGAACCCUAGUGUGAUGUUUGUAGUAAGUCAUUCACUCAGUUUAAAACCCUAGUGUGAUGUUUGUAGUAAGUCAUUCACCCAGUUUAGAACCCUAUUGUGAUGUUUGUAGUAAGUCAUUCACCCAGUUUAGAACCCUAGUGUGAUGUUUGUAGUAAGUCAUUCACCCAGUUUAGAACCCUAGUGUGAUGUUUGUAGUAAGUCAUUCACUCAGUUUAAAACCCUAGUGUGAUGUUUGUAGUAAGUCAUUCACCCAGUUUAGAACCCUAUUGUGAUGUUUGUAGUAAGUCAUUCACCCAGUUUAGAACUCAAGUGUGAUGUUUGUAGUAAGCCAUUCACCCAGUUUAGAACCCUAGUGUGAUGUUUGUAGUAAGUCAUUCACCCAGUUUAGAACCCUAGUGUGAUGUUUGUAGUAAGUCAUUCACCCAGUUUAGAACCCUAGUGUGAUGUUUGUAGUAAGUCAUUCACCCAGUUUAGAACCCUAGUGUGAUGUUUGUAGUAAGUCAUUCACCCAGUUUAGAACCCUAGUGUGAUGUUUGUAGUAAGUCAUUCACCCAGUUUAGAACCCUAGUGUGAUGUUUGUAGUAAGUCAUUCACUCAGUUUAAAACCCUAGUGUGAUGUUUGUAGUAAGUCAUUCACCCAGUUUAGAACCCUAGUGUGAUGUUUAAGUGAUAGUCUACACACAUAAGAAUUAAAAUUUGAGAGAAACCUUAUAAAUGUGAUGUUUGUGGUAAAUCAGUCAGUCACAGCUGUUUGCUACAGCAACACCAGAUAUUAUAGCAGGGAUUGGAUGGCUGAAUAGUUAGCACGAGCGCGUUGUAUCAUAAGGUCUUUAUUGAGUCAACUGGCGUGGUUUCGAUUCCCAGUUGGUCACUGGUACAUGACAAGGGGUAGUAUAGCUUGUCCAACCUCGUGGGUUUUCUCCAGGUCCUCCGGUUUCCUCCCACUGCUAAAGACCCUACUUUCUGAUAUAACAACUCUUACUCUCACAACUCUUUGUAUCAUCCUUAUUGUGGGGGCUGUGGAGGGCGUCUCAUAAUUGUAAUAUGUAUGUAAUAAUAGUUGUACAGUUAUGUAUCCACCUGUAUUUUGAUAUAUAUAUACUAUUCAAAAAAAGUAGGGGAUAUUUGAUUUUUAAGUGUUAUUAAAGUCACCUAAUGAAACUGACGAAGAAACAAAUGACAAAAUGAAAUGAAGUUCACAUUCAUCGAUUUAUUCCAAAUGAUCAUUAGACUAAGUAAGGCACAGACUGACCAUUAUAAGGGUAAAAUGAUACCCGGGGUCAAACAGCAAAGUUACCACAGCAUCACAACCAAGUCAGUAACGGGUAAAUCCUUCUCUGUUUGCCAAACAAGCAUUGAUCCGACGUGGCAUACUCCUAAUGAGACGUCUAAGGUCAUUUUGGUCCAGAUUGUCCCAUUCCUGUUGCAACGCAGCAGCAAGUUCUUGGACAUUGGCAGGACGUUGUUGACGUUGACGUAACCUCUGUCCAAGCAUGUCCCAGACAUGCUCGAUGGGGGAGAGGUCGGGACUCAGUGCUGGCCAAGGUAAUGUGGUGAUGUUCUGUUGUUGGAGGUAACCUGUAACGAUCCUGGCCCUGUGACAUCUUGCGUUGUCAUCCUGGAAGAUGAAACGGCGGCCAUGACGUCGUGCGAACGGCACAACAUGGACUGCCAAGAUGUUGUCCCGGUAGUACUGGCCUGUAACACGCCCUGCAACAACAUGUAAAGCCGUUCUUCCAGCAACAGUGAUGCCUCCCCACACCAUAACAGAACCACCCCCAAAUCGAUCAUGUCUGAUGACGUUAACGUCUUGGAAGCGCUCGUUUCGACGACGCCACACCCUCCUACGUCUGUCCAAAAAAUCAACAGUGAACCUUGACUCAUCUGAAAACAUCACAUUGCUCCAGCGUCGAUUAUCCCAGUGUUGACGAUCCCUACACCAACGACGUCUUGCCUGAAUGUGAUGAUCUCUCAAACAAGGGAUCACGCGAGGACGUCGGGCGCGAAGGUGACCCCUAUGCAGUCGAUUCCAAAUCGUCUGGCCACUCACUCUCACACCAGUGUCUGUUUGAAGACGAGCGAUGAUCUGAUUUGCUGUGAUGACACGAUUUCUCAAGGCCAAGGUACGGAUAAAUCGAUCCUGGGCUUGAGUUGUCGCCCUUGGUCGACCUGAGCGUGGUCUGUCCUGUACAGAUUGUGUAUCACGGUAUCUGGACCAUAGCCUGCUUAUGACAGACUGAGAAACAUUCAUCGUCCGCGCCACAACCGCCUGUGUUGUGCCGAUCUGUAGCAUGCCAAGGGCACGUUACCUUUCAUUUUGGGUAAGCCGACGCAUAUCAAAAUUUGUUUUCUGGUCUCUAAAACAAUUAAACUGAUGUUUCCACCCUGGAAUUCAAUGCCACAAUGACUGUAACAUUCAAAGUCAGAGUCGUGCAAAUCUUGGGUUGGACCCCCAUGAUGAUCCCAAGCAUCACCUGCAUUCCAUGCGGUAGCUAUUGGUGCGUUUGGGCGUCACAUGUAACUGGAAAUGUUUCUUCUGUUAGGUUCUAUAGUGACUUUUUUCGUAGUCAUUUGCAUAUUUUAGUAUUAUGCCCCCAAAAUCAAAUAUCCCCUACUUUUUUUGAAUAGUAUAUAUGUUUAUAGUUAUGUAUGUAUGUACUGUACCUUUGUUUUAUGGUCGCCUGUCCAACCUUGUGAUUUUUCUCCGGGUCCUCUGGUUUCCUUCUACUACUAAAGACCCCUACGUUCAAGCGAAUUAUGGAAAUAAAAUUGAACCAUAUGUUAGUCCCAAAAUGACCUAGUUUGUGUCAAGUGGACGUUAAACCCCAUUUCUCUGUCUACUCAGUUUUUAGUAUAUCUAUAUUGUAAAUGAUCCAAUUACUUACAAAACAAUAAAUAUGUGACAGCCUCUGUGGAGUUUCUGUUUGGAUGACUUUGCGGCUGUGGCCUUAUGUUUUGUUUCCUGGCAACCUAUCUUUGUAAUAAAUGUUAAUUACUGCACCAUGUAUAAACCAAAAUGCACCAUUAAAUUUCUUGUAAAAAACCCAGUUAUUAUCAAGAUAUUUGUAUAUGCAUGUUUACAGUUGUACAUGUAUGAAUUUUAAUUAUUGUUUAAAUAAAUGUUCUGUCACAGUUAAUAUGUUAUUAAAAUUUUAGAUUUUCCUG